UACUUCGCUUGUCUGAUGAGAGCCCGGUUUAAAGAACAUAAGAAUGAGAAGGAUAUGAUGAAGGCUGCACAGCUGCUGGAGGAGGCGGAAGAAGAAUUCUGUCAAAAUCAGCAUCCUCAGCCAUAUAUCUUCCCGGACUCUCCCAGAGGCACCUCCUAUGAGAGAUAUGAGUGCUACAAGGUUCAAGAAUUGUGCUUGGAUUAUUGGCAUCCUUCUGAGAAAGCAAUGUAUCCUGAUUACUUUUCCAAGAGAGAGUAUUGGAAGAAGCCGAGAAUGGAGAGCUGGGAUCGGGAGGUUAAGCAGCUGCAGGAGGAAACACCACCUGAUGGUGUUUUGACUGAAGCUUUGCCUCCUGCCAGAAAGGAAAGUGACUUAUCCCCACUGUGGUGGCAUAUUGUAUGACUAGACCUCGGGACCGGCCAGUGUAGACAUGCACCCUACUGUCC